CCUGUUGUAAAUAAUCAGUAACUGGGUACUCGGCUCUCUCCGUCACACCGGCCCGGCGGGCGGGGAACCUCGGUGUGUGACGGGCAGCUCUCAGGGCAGACUGCCUCGGUGCUGCCAGGUGUGUGUGGACAGGUGCGGACACACCUGGGACCGCUGACCAUGUUUCCCGGCCUCACGGCGACGCAGCGCCUGCUGCCCCGCCUGCCGCGCCUCCUGCAGCGGCGCCGCGUCACAGCAGAAGCGGAGAAAGGUCCUGCUCUGGAGAAGGCAGUCUCUGCGUUCAGGUGUGUGUGUGGUGAGGACGGCGUCUCGUUGGGCGAGGCUGUCAGGCAGCAGCACGGCAGGGAUGAGUCUGUGCACAGAUGUUGUCCCCCAGAUGUGGUGGUGUUUCCUCGCUGCGUGGAGGAGGUGAGUGCCCUGGCCAAGAUUUGCCACCGCUACGAUCUUCCCAUCAUCCCCUUUGGCACUGGGACCGGCCUGGAGGGAGGGGUCAGUGCCUUAAAUGGUGGUGUGUGUUUCAGUCUGAGGAACAUGGACCAGGUCCUGGAUCUCCACCAGGAGGAUUUCGAUGUGACCGUGGAGCCCGGCGUGACCCGCAAGGCUCUCAACGCCCACCUGCGCCACACCGGCCUGUGGUUUCCUGUCGACCCCGGGGCCGAUGCGUCUCUGUGUGGGAUGGCUGCCACCAGCGCCUCCGGUACCAACGCAGUGCGUUAUGGGACAAUGAGAGAGAACGUGUUGAACCUAGAGGUGGUGCUGGCGGACGGGACGGUCGUGCACACGGCCGGCAAGGGCCGCCGACCCAGGAAGACAUCAGCCGGCUACAACCUGACCAACCUGUUCGUGGGCUCGGAGGGCACGCUGGGCAUCAUCACCAAGACCACCCUGCGUCUCUAUGGAAUCCCAGAAGCCACGGUGUCGGCCGUCUGCUCCUUCCCCUCCGUCCAAGCCGCUGUGGACAGCACGGUGCAGGUCCUGCAGGCGGGCGUGCCCAUUGCUCGCAUCGAGUUUCUGGAUGAUGUGAUGAUAGAUGCGUGCAACAGGUACAACUCCCUGUCCUACCCCGUGACCCCGACUCUCUUCUUGGAGUUCCACGGCACCGAGAGCAGCCUCGACGAGCAGAUCAGCACCACAGAGGAGAUCUCUGGGGCCAACGGCGGCUCAGACUUCCAGUGGGCACGAGACGCAGAGACACGGGAGCGCCUGUGGAAAGCCCGUCACGAUGCCUGGUACGCUGCUCUGGCUCUCAGGCCGGGCUGCAAGGCGUACUCCACAGAUGUGUGUGUUCCUCUGUCUCGGCUGCCUCAGGUCAUCGUGGAGACGAAGGAAGACCUGAUUCAGAACAAAAUCACAGGUCCCUUGGUGGGUCAUGUGGGUGACGGGAACUUCCACUGCCUCACGGUGCUGGACCCCAGCGACUCGGAUGAAGUCCAGAGGGUUCACCUCUUCACCGAGAGACUAGCCAGGCGAGCGCUGGCCAUGGAUGGCACCUGUACAGGAGAGCAUGGCGUGGGAUUAGGAAAGAGAGCGCUGCUGUGUGAGGAGAUGGGACCCAUGACCAUGGAGGUCAUGCGGAGCCUUAAGCACACCCUCGAUCCAAAGAACCUGAUGAACCCUGGGAAAAUCCUCUGACCCUCGACCCUGGCCGAGAACAGCAUGUCACUGUGUGGGACUUCAAUCAAAUGAUGGGAUUAAUAAAAUAAUGGGAUUGAGGUUUUCUGUGAUGGGUCUCUAUCAGUUGAAUCCUGUGCAGGCAGUUGUGAGAUCAGUAUAUAUGUGGCGCCCAAAAAGGGUUUUGUGAUUUAAUUUGAAAAUGUAUUAUUGUUGACAUAAAUUGUUGAUUUCUAGCCCUGCAGCUUAGUGCCUGCUGUAAUGCACAGGUCAUUUAAUGACAUGCUCUUUCAUUUUUAAACAGCAGUUGGCAGCUUAAUGUCGCUGUGGAGCUGAGUCUGAGAGUUUGGCUCUUUCGCUCAGGCAUACCUGCAAACUGGUGAAGCAACAUUCUGUCUAAGGUUAUGAAGUAGGGGUGUAAAAUCUAAUUGUAAAAAACUGAGCUGUUCAACACACAGCCCACCCUAAAGUGCUGUGUUACACACCCAGUCCACUGUAUGAGAGCCAUCUGACUGCACACAGCUGAUCAAUUAAUGAACAUACUGAAGUUUUUCAUGUGUGUUUUAAAUAGUCUAAGCAGCAUUUUUGCCUUUGAAAGAAUGUUUGUUGUUUUCAUGUUGUUAUCCCAAAUCUGUGAGUGAAAAAAUAGAGAUGACAUUGGAAAUGGUUGUGUUUUUUUCCUCCAAUGAACAAAACAAAUCAAACUGAAAUUGUGGCCCAAAAACCACAAUACAAUACGACUGUGCCAAUUAUUGAACCAUUACAGCCCCAGUAUGAACCCAGCAUGAGCUGGUACAAGAUGUCAGCUUUCAGGAGAACCUGGCAGCUCAGCACACACCAGGUGUUCAGGCUGAGUCCUGAUCGCAGGUUCGAAUCCGACCUCAGGCCAUUUCCUGCAUGUCAUUCUCACUCUCGCCUGCCUUUCCUGUCUCUCUCUACUGUGACUGUCAGAUAAAGCAGAAAUGCCAAAAAAAACAUUUAAUAGAAUGUACAUUUUCAAUACAGAUUUCAGAUAUGUAACAGUUUCAGUACUUAUUUAAUACAAUCAUCUCAUCUCAUUGUUUGAGAUCCAUGAUGUAUUUUGCACAUGGUCCCUGACAGAAAUAAAAUAAAAUUGAAACCCAGGUGUAGUAGUUGUCCAGUAGUCCUAAAUUAAAGACCUGCCAUACAUUUAGAUGUUAAAAAAUGUGCAAUUUCCAGUCCUGUGUUUCAGAUGAGGUAGUACAGCAGCAUAAGUGUGUCAAACCCAUUUUGAAACAAUGGGCCUGCCUGACACCGUUUUGGCUGCUGGGAAUUCAGAGUGUGAGGUAACUCUUAACUCCAGUACCCAUCAUAGCUGGUGAUACAAAAAGUGAAUUUCAAAUCCUGAAAUUUACUCAAGUAUUAUACUCAAGUCCAUAUUUGAGGUCCUUGUGCUUUGGAUAUUUUGCUGUUGUGCUAAUUUAUACUUGCAUAUUCAGAUUAACAAUACAAAAUAUAAUCAAUAGCCUAAAUAAAUUAUGAUAUUAAAUCAAUAAACCUUUAUUGGUCUUUUCUUGUUGCAUUGUUGUAUUUGAACCAACAGUUAAAGAGCCUUUUUCCAUGGAUUCAUCAGAUCAUGCUGAGUCACUAGUGACUGUUUGGGUAGAUUUUCCACCAUUUAGCACUUUGUCCAAAACAGUUUCCUUUUGCUGCUCCUCCCAGGAAUUUCAUCCGAUUUGCAGGACAUUCAGCACAGAGCGUCUCUGGACAGUGGACAGAAAAUGAAUCGGUCCAGUGGUUCAGAUUUAUCAGCCAAUGAACUUAAAACAACAUUUUGCUUGACACAAAAGCUGCUACUCAUUGACUGUUCACUUAAAUUUGGCCCAAAAGGAGGGAAUGGAGUUCACCUGAUGCACCCACUAAAGCACUUUGACUUGCACUGUUAGAGGGCUCCGCCGGUGUGGCAAUUUCAGGAAAAUUUGUAUGAAAUUUGGUGUGAAUGC